AUGAAUUCCAUUUUACAAUCUGUCUUUGGGAUUCCAACGUUUGCAAAGGACUUGCUCACACAAGGUAUUCCAUGGGAGAAAGUUUCCUAUGAUGAUCUUAUCAAGCCCUUAAGUCAACUGCUUGUCUUGAAAGACAUCCGAGAUAUAGAGGUCAAGGGAGAGUUACUCAUUAAUGUCAAGAAAUCCAUCUCCACAGUUGCAGACACAUUCUUGGGUGAUGAACAGAAUGAUGCCCAUGAAUUUCUAAAAUGCCAUCCCCAAAAGUUUGUUUGUCCUGUCAGUGCUAAUUUUGAAAUAGAGCUGCAGAGCUCUAUUGUUUGUGAGGCCUGUGGUGAGGCUACUCUCAACACUGAAGUGAGUAAUUACCUCUCUGUUGACCUGCACCAAGGCACAAGAGAACAGCCUCUAUCAAUUCAAAAGUCACUUGAUCUUUUCUUUACACCAGAAAAAAUUGAGCGUAAUUGUGCGAAGUGCAAGAACAAGAAUUCAGUUCUCAAGUACACUUUGAAGAGGCUCCCCAGGGUCCUCAUUGUUCAUCUGAAACGCUACCACUUGACCGCAAAUGGGUUGUUGGUGAAGAGUCAGCAGCCAGUUGAGAUUUCUAAGUAUCUAAAUGUAUCUUCCCACUUCAAUGAAAACAUAAAAGAACCACUUUCCUUGACCAGCAAGACAUCUUAUGAGGACUGUGAUGUCCCCAAUGUCCCUGAAGAGAUGAUGCCUGAGAUCCUCGGCCAGCCAAUACCAUCUAGGAGUGUGAAGAACUAUGAGAAAAUUAAUGUAUAUGGAACAGCAGAUCGUCACACUACCACUGAGAUGUUCAAUUAUUUUUAUGAUCUUAAAGAGCAAAUGAUUCUGGAAGGAUCUCAAGAAAUGGCUGAACAGCUCCUCCAGAAUCCUGGGACUAGAUUCCACAAGGAAUUCCUUCCUCAGGGAUCACCUGAAAGUGUUAGGGAUUUUGCAGAAGACACAGAGAAGGAUAUGCAUACAUCUUUAGAUUUGAGAGAUGACAUAGAUGAUGAAUACUCUCUUGGUGCAUGGUGGAAUCCUGAAAGCAGCAAUUUUCUGGGAAGCAACUACCUAUUGGAUGUUAUUGAUGAGGCAGAAAGUAUGGUAUUUGGAGAUGAUCCUCAGAAUUACAGACUGGUCAGUGUUGUCAGCCAUUUUGGGAGCUCCCAAGAUUCAGGUCAUUAUGUAAGCGAUGUGUAUGAUUUUCAAAAGCAAGCAUGGCUCCUGUACAGUGAUGUCCAAGUGUUCGAGAUCCCAGAGGCCUUGAUUCAGGAGAAUCGGCUUCACACUGGAUACAUUUUUUUUUACAUGCGAAAUGAGCUUUUUGAGUGGCUGUUGAAAAAGGCAUCAGAGUGCAAGUUGCUUAACACACCUAAAGAGCAACAGAAGAAUAUGGAUCUUUUCUCAACACUGCUUAAUGGCUUUACAUACUUCCUGGAAGAAUCCUAAAUUCUACCCAUAAGGAAGACCCAUCAAGCUCAACGGAAAACUCAAAAAACAAAACAGAACAAAACAAAACAAAACAAAACAAAACAUAACAAAACAAAACAAAACAAAACAAAACAAAACAUCACAUCACAUCACAUCACAUCACAUAGCAAAACAAACAAAAUAUUAGGACAGAAACCCAUACAUCCAUGAUGCAGGCUAUAUACCAUUUUCUCCAACAAGGCUAUAGUGAUGCUUUUCAUGUAUUUUUUUUAUUUGUUUGCUUUUGUUUGUUUUGUGUU